UAAAAUUAAAGUGGAAACGCGAAGCUUGAAGUGAGCAGCACGCGGGAGUAGAGAAUAGAGAAAUCUGUCUCUGUCUUAACACACAAAGACAAAGGAACGAACUCAUCCCAUCCCGACAACAACGCACUUUUUUUAUAGCUCGCUUCUGUUUCUCAACCUUUCAAGAAGCAAUAUGAAGAACCAACACGGUUAUGUGCCACCUGCUUACAUACCUUUGGGGCCGUCGGAUUCAGAGGCAGUGGAUGUCUCUCUGCUUCAGCGUUCUAGUACCAAUGGAUCAAACCAAAUGCAGGCUCAGUGGUCUUCUGGAAUCUGUGCUUGUUGCGAUGAUAUGCAGAGUUGUUGUAUUGGUUGUCUUUGUCCUUGCUUUCUCUUUGGGAAGAAUGCAGACUUUCUGGGUUCUGGAACUUUCCUGGGAUCAUGUGUGACCCAUUUUAUAUUAUGGAGUGUGGUUAAUACAGCCUGUUGCUUAUUAACUGAUGGCUUGUUUUGGGGAUUACCUGGAUGCCUUGUUUCAUGUUAUGCUUGUGGCUACCGCAAGGCUUUAAGGUCAAAGUAUAAUUUGCCGGAAGCACCCUGUGGGGAUUUUGUUACCCAUUUUUGCUGCCAUCCUUGUGCCAUUUGUCAAGAGUACCGUGAGAUACGUGAAAGAUCUGGGGAUUGUGAAGCCACAGACUUGAAGCUAGCUGUAGUUACAGCUCCGCCAAUUCAGACAAUGCAUUCUGAUUCUAAGCAGUAAUACUACUGCUGUUCUCUCCCUGCACAAUGACCGUGUUUGAUCUGAAGGGUUGCAAACUUGACUGAGGCCUGUGGUUCACUCAAAAUUACAGUCCCAAGUUAAUGUAGUUAUACUAUAAUGCUGAUGAUCGCGUUUUCUCAGUUUUACCUUUUUAAUUUUCUUAGAGAAAACUAGAGGAAUGUCAUAUAGCCAGUUGUACAUGAAAAUUUUAGUGCGUUUAAUGCCUAGUUGCAUUACUUUUUUUUAGUGUCACCUUUACCCUUUAUACUCUUGAAAGAAAAGUGAAACAACUUAUGCCAUGGCAUUACCUAAUUUGUUAAUUUGGGGAUCA